AUGGCGACAGACGCUGUCGCGGCCUCUAAGCAGGCUCAGCACAAACAAGGACCGACGCUUCUUCCGUCGCCCGUUGCUCAAGCCGUCAGCCUUGCUGCUCGAUCUACGUCGCUCGCUAUACGCAUUGGGUCGGUGGUUAGCAAUGCAAGUCUCGAUGCUGCGAGACUCACUACUCUGGGUGGCCUUGAGCUGGCCCGGGGGUUGAUUGAAGGCGUAAUAAGCCGGGCUGCCAAAGAUACUCUCGAACAAUCACGAACCGAGCUAGCCGUUCAAGAUGCAGAGACGGUCCUAGAGCGCAGCCUUGAAAAUCUACAUUACGCUGUCACCCAGGCUGUAUUUUGGACAUCCGUCAGCUUCCGACUCACAGGCACAACGAUUUCCACGGCUUCCGCGGGAUCGCAGCUUCUUCUGUCGUCGUUGGACCAACUUUUCGGCUCGACAGACUCUUCUCGAGCCGUUGCCAGCAUUGUCACCCUUAUUCGACGUGAAUUUGAAAAUCCUGCUACAGGUCUCCAAGGAGAACGGGUUGGCGUCAUUGAUCUGACUCUUGCACUCAGCACGCUCGCCUAUCUACAACGAGCAUGCCGCAAGACCGCUCAAGAAGAACGCCGGAGACAGUCAUACGAAGAAGUCAUUUGGGAUGUUGUUGUCCUGGAAGAUGGCGACAGGGUUGAUGUUGAUGAAAAGGUGUUUAGCGAGAUCCGUGGAGGCUACAGCACCCAAGACAAAGACGACGUUCCAUCCUCACCUUCUAGUAGUCCCUGGACUGGAGCGGAAGAUGAUGAAGCUGUAGUGUCUCGUCUCAAAAGCCAGAUCUUAGCCUCUCUGACUCCAGGUACAACAGUAUCUGUCUCCAAUUCGGUGUCUUCGGUCCAGACAAUUACUGUUGACGUUCAUGGAUCUCGGCUCCUUUCCCUGCCAACGCCUCCGGGCGCAGAAAUAGUCGAAACAAAAUCUCUUACCUCGGGGAGUCACGUAUCAUACUCAUUAUCUGAUCAACAAGAUCAAUCUUCUUCUGCAUCCUACCGAGUGGUGUACAAGAUACACCGCAACAAGAAGGGGACGUCAUCUUUCCGCGGCGAGGAAGACUCCAAAGACGAGGCUAUCGAAAUAAUAACAGACAACCAAAGUUGCAGCAGCGACGAAACUCUCGCUCCGGGAACACCUACAAUAACCAUCCCUGAAGGCCCAUCCCCUCCCGCAUCACCCACAAUGCUGCCCUCUUCUACUUUUGCGCUACAACCGAGACCAUCUUCAUCGGCUGAGACAAGAAGACGCCACAAAACGCAAUCGCAUGAUUUCUCAAAGCCAACAAAAUCGAGCUCUCGCAAACAUAAUGCCGACUCUGCCAAGGCUGUUUCUUCUCGAUCCGCAAUCCCUUCAAGAGAGCCGAUAUAUCUCGAGGACUUGGAGGCCAUGGCAAACCAAAAGAAGCAACGCACACCAGCCCACAACUCAAAAUCGCAAGAUUCACAUAGAAAGACGCAGACCGGAAGAAAGUCAGAAGCGGCGGCAUCAUCCAGGUCGUCGGAUAAAAGAACAGGCUUGAGGCAUGUUCUUCGAGGGAGCGGCCCGUCCAUCUCAACUAUCUGGACUAAGGAGUCGGGUCCGAUGGACUAUAUAAGUGUCCAGGAGAAACCAAAGCUUCACAUCAAACCUCCUCAUAGAGAUGCGGCGAAAGAAUUGCGGGCGGGAUCCCCAACCAGCGAUUUAGUACCAAGAUCACCCACUGAACAUCACAGCGUCUACCUUGCACCACCAGGCCAUCGACGAAAUCGGUCGUAUGCCACCAGCAUCUAUAGCGUGGGCACCAACGACUCACAGUCAUCCUUGUUGUUGUCCUCGUAUUACCAAAAGAGUGCUUAUAAUACAGCUGACGCUCUUCAUGCUCUUCGACAAGAAGGCUUCGUUGAUGGAACCUUUCCCGAGGGCCACCUCCUCCCCAACAUUACUCGAUAUAUGCGAUUCUCAUCUGCGUGUUAUGGUUCAAACUUCCUCAGACUUACUGGCGUGACGAACGAGACACCAAAGCUUGGCGUCUGGGACGGAGUACACCAUGAUGUACGGCAUUUCGCUCAUCACACGGAAUCACAAUCUGACAAUAUUCUUCUUGCUUCAUUUGUUGAUCCCAACGGAGGCAGCGAUGCCACUGGUGCCACCGGUUCUGGUGUCCCUUUGGUCCAUUACAUCUCGCUCGACCACGCAGCCAAGGCAGUCGUCCUUGCUUGUAGAGGGACAUUAGGAUUCGAAGACGUCCUGGCUGAUCUAACCUGCGACUAUGAUAGGCUCGUAUGGAGGGGCAAAGGCUACAGAGUGCACAAGGGCAUCCAUGCUUCCGCCAGGAGACUGCUGUACGGUGGCGACGGUCGCGUUCUGUUGACGCUCAAAGAGGCCCUACGCGAGUUCCCCGAUUAUGGACUUGUCCUAUGCGGGCAUUCACUGGGAGCUGGCGUCACAUCUUUGCUGGGAAUCAUGCUUUCUGAGCCUAAUCCAAUUGGUCCUGGCUUUGUCACUUCUGCUGAACCGUAUACACUCAGACCUCCGCCAAACGAAGCUCUUGUCAAUGUGAAGCUGAGCGACAUCCGGCCUCCAUCCGGCCGCCGCAUACAUGUAUAUGCGUAUGGCCCUCCCGCCGUCAUGUCAUCGUCUCUUCGCAAAAUCACCCGGGGCCUCAUAACCACGGUCGUACAUGGCAAUGACUUGGUACCUCAUCUGUCAUUGGGUUUGCUGCACGACUUCCAAGGAGUCUCUUUGGCGUUCAAGCAUGACGAGAACAAUACCAAGUCCGAAAUUCGUCAGCGAAUCUGGAAUACCCUCCAAGACAAUGUCUCAGAGAGAUGGUACUCUUAUCGCAGCGCGAGCAAAGUUGCCAGUAGCGGCGGCGUCAGCGACGAGGAGAGGUGGAUGCUUCCCGCACUGGAAAACAUGAGGACGAACAUGAAGGGGAAGAAGCUUCUUCCACCGGGCGAGGUGUUUACCCUUGAGACGCAGCGAGUGCUUAGGAGGGAUGCGUUCCUACUCUUGGACGAGGAGCAUAUCGGGCGGCCUGCGCAGAGGAUUGUGCUGAAAUAUGUCAAGGAUGUGGAGGGUCGGUUUGGAGAGCUGCGGUUUGGGACGAGCAUGUUGACGGAUCACAGUCCGGCAAAGUAUGAAGAUGCUCUGAACAAGUUGAGAGUUGGAGUCUCAAGCGCUUUUGGUAUUCACUUGGGUGGACGAGAGCCCAGUUAA